CGCAAACCGUGAGGAGACUGGCGAAAUCACCACAUCGCCGUCGAGAUUCGUUGCUGACUCGACGCCCCUUUUCACGGGCAUCCUCUCGCCAAUAACCUACGGCGCGCUCAGAGCGUUACCUGCCACCGGACGUCGCAAAUGCCCGUUCAGCUCGCGUCCAGCUUCGCCAGCUUCGUCAAGCCCGUGGCGUCUCUCAAGAAUCGCGGGACGCGCGCUCGCGCCGUGCUGUGCCAGGCGGCGACACAAUGCCCGAGCUGCGGCGGAACGCACCCCGAUUGCGGCAACGGACGCUGCGACAAGUGCGGAAACGCGGCGUGCAAUUGCUCCCACGCCUCGGCUGCGACGCGCAGGGCGAUGAUGGCCCAAUUCACCUUUGUGCCCGUGGCGCUGUUGCUCGGCGCGAAGCCCGCGGCGGCCGGCGGGCUGCCGUCGCCGACGAACCAGGAUGAUAUGGAGAAGCGUAAGAUGGCGCGCGAGGAGAUGCUGAAGGCUGCGCGGGCCAAGGCGGCAGCGCAGGCUGCGGCUGAGGCCCCGCCGCCCCCGCCUCCUUCCAACUGAUAAAGCGGAGGGGUCCUCGCUGUUGUCAAGCCUCGACACCGGCGCCCACCGACGACUGGGUGACGUGUCGAGCCGGCGAAGCGGGGAAUGGCGCGCCCCGCGCUACGACGCGGCGUCGCUUUUUAAUAAACAUGUUGUAUGAGUAUCC